AAAGAUUUAAAGAUAGUCGGACACUAUCAUCAACCUCAAUUUGCAAUCGCAAGCUCUCUGAAUUUGUGUGAGAAAACAUCAUAGAACUAAAGGAGGAGAGAGAAGAAGAACAGCAAAACUGAAGAAGAGAAAGAGAGGAGAAGCACCAUCACCACGAAAGAUGGGUGUGGACUAUUACAAGAUCUUACAGGUUGAUAAGAAUGCCAAAGACGAUGAUUUGAAGAAGGCAUAUAGGAAACUUGCAAUGAAAUGGCACCCUGAUAAGAACCCAAACAACAAAAAAGAAGCUGAAGCUAAGUUUAAGCAAAUUUCCGAAGCCUAUGAUGUAAGUUUUCAGUUAUUAUUGAAGGUGCUUAGUGAUCCUCAGAAGAGAGCUAUCUAUGAUCAAUAUGGGGAAGAGGGUCUGAAGGGUCAGGUUCCACCACCUGAUGCUGGUGGUGCUGGUGGUGGAGGAGCUACUUUCUUUUCCACAGGAGAUAUCCCGGGAUCGUUUCGGUUCAAUCCCAGGAACGCUGAUGACGUUUUUGCGGAGUUUUUUGGGUUCUCAAGCCCCUUUGGUGGCAUGAGUGGAAGAGGUGGUGGUGGUGGUGGCAUGAGAUCAAGGUUCUCUGGUGGAAUGUUUGGUGAUGAUGUGUUUCGAUCUUUUGGGGAAGGAGGAGGGGUACAUAUGAAUCAAGGUGCACCUCGCAAAGCUCCUCCUAUUGAGAACAAGUUGCCCUGUACUCUCGAGGAUAUAUAUAAAGGGACUACGAAGAAGAUGAAGAUCUCUAGAGAAAUUGCAGAUGCCAGUGGUAAAACCAUGCCAGUGGAGGAGAUAUUGACCAUUAAUGUGAAGCCUGGUUGGAAGAAGGGGACAAAGAUCACCUUCCCAGAGAAGGGAAAUGAACAGCCAAAUGUGACUCCUGCAGAUCUUGUUUUCAUCAUUGAUGAAAAACCACAUGGUGUCUUCACUCGUGAUGGAAAUGAUCUGAUUGUCACCCAGAAGAUUUCUCUUGUGGAGGCCUUAACUGGCUAUACAAUGCACCUCACUACCUUGGAUGGUAGAAACUUAAACAUACCAAUCAACAAUGUUAUUCAUCCAAACUAUGAGGAGGUUGUCCCAGGAGAAGGAAUGCCAAUUCCCAAGGAUCCAUCAAAGAAGGGGAACUUGAGGAUAAAGUUCAACAUCAAGUUCCCAACACGGAUCACUGAUGAACAGAAAGCGGGAAUAAGAAAACUCUUAGCUGCCUCAGCUUGAGAUCAAAUAUAGAUGGAUAUGAUAAUGUAUAAUAUUUGGCAGAUAUGCACUACUUUUAUGAAAUUUUGUUAGCUUUACCAAUAAGUUUGGUUGCUUCCACAUGUAUUGUCACGUAGUGAAAAAUAUUUGAUUAGAUUAUUUUGUAUGAUUUAUCAGUUAACGGGUUGUCCGGAUUGUCUCAUUGCAAAAAUGAAGGAUAAGGGUGUAAGCAAUCAAAGUUGAUUUUUUUUUUUUGAGC